UUGACGUCGGGCCCUCCUCCGCUGCAACCGCAACCAUGGCCAGUUCGGAUCCCGUCUUCUCUUACUCGUCCCUGGAGGAUGACUUCGACUACGGAACCAGCGUGGCUUCGGCCAGCAUCCACAUCCGCAUGGGUUUUCUUCGGAAAGUCUAUAGCAUUGUUUUUCUUCAAGUUCUUUUAACUACUGUGACAGCAUCGAUUUUUAUGUACUUUGAUAGCAUCCAGAUAUUUGUACAUAAAAGUCCAGCAUUGAUUUUGAUAUCUCUCCUUGGAUCUUUGGGUUUGAUUCUGGCAUUGAUGCUAAACAGACAUAAACAUCCACUUAACUUUUAUCUGCUCUUUGGAUUUACAUUUUUGGAAUCUCUGACUGUUGCGGCAUCUGUGACGUUCUAUGAUGUGUAUGUUGUUCUCCAUGCUUUUAUGUUGACGACUGCAGUGUUUCUUGGUUUGACUCUAUACACUCUCCAGUCCAAGAGAGAUUUCAGCAGAUUAGGAGCAGGGCUCUUCGCUUUUUUGUUUAUUUUGUUCUUGUCAGGAUUCUUGAGGUUCUUCUAUGAUAAUGAAUUAGUGGAGGUAAUCUUUUCUGCGAUGGGAGCUCUUCUGUUCUGUGGAUUCAUCAUUUAUGAUACUCAUCUUCUGAUGCACAAACUAUCCCCUGAAGAGUAUAUAUUGGCUGCCAUCAACCUCUACUUGGAUGUCAUCAAUCUGUUCCUGCACCUAUUGCGUUUAUUAGAAGAAUUUAAUAAAAAAUGAUUGAGGACAAUAAAAUGUUGGAUUAAAUAAUGAGACUUGGGAUGUAAAUUGUUAAAAAAUUAUUUUGAUCUCUAAUUACUCAAUACUUGUGAGAUUGAAGCUUUACUAUUUUUUUACAACUUCCUGCUACCAAAAUUUUAAUUUAGAACUCAAGAAUAAUGUUUCAUAUUGCUCUCCAAAUGAUUUUGGAUCCUUCAAAAUGUUUAAACUUAACCAUUAACAAUAUUUGCUCUUUGUAAGACUAGAAUUGGGUAUUGCAUCCAAGGUAAUUAUUAAUUUUUUUGUUACCUUUGAUUUCAGUAAUGAGACAUUAAAAAUCUUACUGUCUUAUAUUUUCCUUUUCUAAAUUUGCCAGAGGUUGGUAAUUUGCAAUUCAGAAUUGCUUCAUGAAUAUAUAAUAUAAAAUUAAGGUUUUCUUUGCAUAGUGAUUUUAUAUUUUUCCUUAAAUACUUGGCUGAAAGUAUUCAUUUGAUUUGUAUUCUGAAGGCUUUCACUCCAUGAUUAUUUUAAAUAGUUGUAAAUCCAUUUGUACUAAAAUAUGUUCAUCUUAAUCAGAAAGAAAAUAUCUAAUUGAGCAUUUUGAAGCCCUGCAACUGACAUUUUCAAAAUUAUUCAAUAUUGUAAUAAAAAGACCAUCCUUAAUGCGGUUUUAAAUUCACAUGUAUUCCAAGUAUUACAAAAGAUCUGUUUUAAGGUAAGAUAUGAAGUCUAAAAUUGAAAGAUAUUUAAAUGUAUAGGCUAAACUUUAAAUUUAGAAUGUGCUCCUGUAUUUAGGCUGGGCAUAGGAUAUUAACCUAUAUUUCAAAAUGUAGGCAGAAAAAUGUACUUUGUGGUUUCAUUUGGGAAUGCUAGGCAUGCCCAUUGCAGCGAGCUAACGCAGAGUCUCAACAGGGUUGUGUGGCGGGAAGAGCACAGGACUGGGAGUUAGAAAGCGCAGUUCCUAGUCCUGGCUGCUGCUUACUGUCAACGAGGCCUUGAUGGGGUCCUUUAACUUUCAGGGCCUCCACUUCGUCAGCUCUGAAGUCGGGGUUUUUAAGCCAUGGAUUUAAUGAGCUUUAUAAUGUUGAUCAUUUAUUAUGAAGGGUUUUAUUAAGAAGCAGAUUAAAUACGCCCUAAUGUUUAGGUAUAGAAGCCUCCAUGGGCUUCCUGGAUGCUGCUCGUGGUGACAUGGUGUGAAGGUGGUGGCGGCUAGUGGCUGGCUUGAGUUGGGAGUUCUAAAUCCUAGGAGGUGUCCAGACUUGUUGAGCACCAGCAGGGUGAGCAUCUGGGAAUGGGGCCACCAGACCCCCAGGCUGCAGAAGGAGCCCAGGGGGAUAGCUUGAGUAAUUUUGGUCAAAGGUGGAGGCUGGCAAACAGGACGUGGUGCCUGGAAAAGAACCAGGAAGAGAUGUGAAUGGUGACCCAUCAGGUUUGUGAGAUACUUUUGCAAUUUGCAAAGAGCUUUCCCACAGAGAGCACCAAAUCAUUUUCCAGGAACAUUGAUAAAGAGUACUUUAUCUGAAAAGGUGACUUUAAAUACAUAUUAAUAUUGUAGUUAUUUUAAUAAAAGAGAUGUGUUUUUACUAAUAUA